CCUUGUUUUGCCCACAAAAUAAUAAUAAUAAUAAAAUCAUCCAAAUUAUUAAAUUUGCUAAAAUUCAACUUGAUUUUUCAUCAUCCAGGAUCCCCAUUGCUCGCAUGCUGGCAAUGCAAGCUGCAGUUUCUCUCUUUUUAUUUCCAUAAAAAAAAAAUUGUUGUAAUUUAAUUUUUGUUUUGGAUUGAGAGAUUUGAGAUUGGAGAUUUAUAAUGCCUUGGAGCGUGGUUAACGAUGGCAGCGGAUUCCCCAGGAUUAUUCUCACGGAGCCCACUGGAUCUUCUGCUGAGGUUUAUCUCCACGGUGGGCAAGUUGUUUCGUGGAAGAAUCAAAGGCGACAAGAACUGCUUUUUAUGAGCUCAAAAGCUGUUGUAAAGCCAACUAAGUCCAUCAGGGGAGGAAUACCCAUCUGCUUUCCUCAGUUUGGCAAUAUGGGAUCUCUAGAGCAGCAUGGAUUUGCAAGGAACAGAUUAUGGGAAUUAGACAGCUCGUCAUCUCCACCAACGACUUCUAAGAGUCAGUCAUCAGUUGACAUCAUCUUGAAGUCCACAGAUGAUGACCUCAAGACAUGGCCACGCAGCUUUGAAUUGCGACUUCGUGUUAUACUAGCUCCUGGUAAACUAACCUUAAUUCCCAGAGUGAAGAACACUGAUAGCAAGGCACUGAGCUUCACCUUCGCAUUACGCAAUUACCUGUCUGUUUCAGAUGUCAGUGAAGUCCGUGUUGAGGGAUUGGAGACACUUGAUUAUCUUGAUAAUCUUGAGGGGAAGGAGAGAUUCACAGAGCAAACAGAUGCGGUAACUUUUGAUGGGGAGGUUGACAGAGUAUAUUUAAGUACACCAUCGAAGAUUGCAGUCAUUGAUCACGAGAGGAAAAGAACCUUGGAACUUAGAAAACAAGGAUUUCCUGAUGCCGGAGUCUGGAAUCCAUGGGAAAAGAAGGCCAAAUCUCUUGCAGAUUUUGGGGACGAAGAUUACAUGUCAAUGUUGUGCGUGGACUCUGCUGUGGUUGAGACUCCAAUUGUCCUGAAACCUGACGAGGAGUGGACCGCGAGCCAAGAACUUUCAAUAGUUGGAUCCAGUUACUUCAGUGGGCAGUUGGACCCUCGCAGAGUUUUACUCGGGCAAUAAUGAAUUCUUCCUUUUUUUUAACCCAUAGAUUACGACGGUAAUUUGCAGUCAUUGAUGGGUUACGUUGCUAUGGCUAAUCAUGAACUUGUGUGGUUUUGACCUACAUGGCAUCACACCUGUAUUUAAUUAGGUGGAUGCCCCUUCUAAAAUUCUCUCUACUAUGGUUUGAUGAUGCUACAGAGUACAGUUAUUCUUGUUAUGCUUCUCAGUUUUCACAGGAAUCUUGUUUAUAUGCUUAUUAUAGGCCCUAGA